ACCGAUUUGUGGCCUUUCCCAAUCCGGGUAGAAACCCUAGUCUAUUCCGUACACACUUCUCAAUUUGCCAAGAGAGCGUAAGCCUUCAGAUCUCUUUUCCGUCAUCUGACCCACCAGCCCUGAGCUUGGCGGUGGUACUCCCAACUGCUCAUCUUAUUUGGGAAUCGCUGUCGACCAGCCUCCAAAGCCAAUCAUAGGAAAUGUGGUGGGAAAAAGGAUCGGUGGGGAUAUUGGUGGGGAUGCAACUAGACAUGCAGGAAGGAUUGAGGCAUUAUUUAUUUUGCCCUGCAAAAGAGGAAACCAUGAAAAAAGGAACCAUGCGAAAAGAAACCAUGCGAAAAGGAACCAUGCAAAAAGGAACCAUUACCAUGCAAAAGGGAAAAGCCCCCCUUCGGAAAAUUAAAUUCAACUUUGAACACUCAACAUAGCAAACUCACCUUUUUUUUUACAGAUUCUUCCUAACCCUUGCUUUGUUUAUCACUAUACAGGCUCAAUUCAAAUCCAAACCAUCCACACGCACCGCACCGCACCGCACCUACUAUUACCCCUCGCCUCCCUCCUCUUCACCGUCCAAUCAAUCAAAUCCCGUUCGACCUCCAACAUUUCAUUUCCCAUCUACAAUGGAACCUCUGUCUGCUACAGCCAUAGCUCAUAUAUUCAGACUACCAUUGGAGUUGCGGGAGCAGAUUUACAACUAUGUGCUUCCUGAUCAAGAAAGAACAUUUUCGAAUUCAACCUCGCUAUCGAUAAGCGAUCCUCAUUACUGCAUAUUGAACGUUAUAUGCUGCAAUCGACAAAUUUAUGCCGAAGUCCGCGAUCUUUUACACCGACGGACAAUUUCCUUCUCAUCAACUCCUGACCAGGAAUACCUCGUUUCCAACAUUCCCUGUCUGCAUGGCUUGGAUUUCUCGCAAGUACCGCUUGUCAAGUUUGAACUCAAUCCAUUCCAAUACACGACAACCAUCCCAGAGCUGUGGAGGUCGCUGCUCCUACUCUGCCACGCCUUGAAAAGAUUCUCCCACAUCCCGCAGUUACAAAUCGAAUGCGACGGGAGACUCCCACGCACGAAGCCGCCAUUGUAUCUCGAUGAGACAGACCUAGAUCGUGGCCCUUUAGUCACCGCCCUACUGCUACAACCUUUCAACCUACUUCACAACAUUGGCGAUGCGAAGGUUACUAUUCUCGGUGGGCCCUUGAAUAACCUCUGGUCCAAAAACAUCGCGCUACAAAAUUUUGGAAACCGUCUCGUACAGCAACUCAAAGCCUCCGACGCGCCAUACAGACACCAUGUCAUAAAUAUCCAGCGGCUGCAGCGUCAAUUACGUCGAAAUCCUGAAGCUCUUUGGUAUAGACAUUCCUACGAGCAUACCUUCGCAGGUCUCGUCCUGCCACCAUACACAAAUGAAGAUGCAGAGGAAAGCUAUGGAUUUUCGCGGGCUAUCCUUCCCUCAACAAACAACGGCACAAGUGAGGUCACAUCAUAAACCCAUCAUGCUAUACCUCCGCAGGUUAAAUUUCCAGUCAUUGUCCUAUUCUCUUGCAGGUGAAAAGUCCAGGUCCCCACCUCUACACCGCCAAAAAAACAGAACCCGAAUUUUUCAACAACCCACUCAUCGGCACCGAAAUCUCCGAUCUCGAAAACGUCAUCCUAAGUCCCCGCCACAGCUUGCUCCAAGGCAUACUAAAUCUAGGAGCGAUAAGCUGAAAUUAAUAUAUACAGGGCUGGGGAAUUGUGGAGAUAUGGCCAUAGUAGUGGAGUGAGGUAUGGGGAAUGGAUUCGGAGGGUAGUAAAGGCGGAGGAAAGCGAUAGGUGUUUAUAGAGGUAGAUUGGGAGGAAAUCUUGAAGGAUAGGGGCAAUGGGAGAGACCAGCUAAGACAGAUGCUAAGAAGUUACAGCACACCAAAAUGUUGAAGCUGGUGGUCAAUCUACCAGGACAUAGAAAAAAUACCAAAGUAUAAUAAUACCAGAAGACAAAAUUGCAGAGAAAU